AUGCAGCCACAAACAGGGUUCCUGUCUCUUGCUGAAGAACUCUUGUUUUGCAUUUUGAGCUUCCUUCCUUACCGAGAUAUUCUUCGGUGUACAUCUGUAUGUAGAACUCUUCGCCAGACGUACUUGUCCUCCUCCGAACUUCAGUACAUUGUUGAAAUAAGUGGACAACAGUUGCUCGCUAUCCCCAACACGGACAAUAGCAUACCUAUUUCUAAGCGUCUGCAACUUUUGAGAGACAAAGCUCACGCAUGGUUCAAGGUUGACAUCCACUCUUUCGAAACGGUCUCCAUAACAAGGGCACCGCUAUCUCGAGAAAACAUUGUUGCUGGUGGGCAUUUCUGCUUGUGGAACACACACGAAGAUACGGCCAUGAUCUUUCCGAUACUUCCAAAGCCCUCACAACAGUCAAUCCAGCGAAACUGGCUUCCAGGAACGUUGUGUUCGGUUCCACACUCAUGCAACCUUGAUGUUUUUAUGGACCCAGCACAAAACCUGAUCGCUGUCGCUUAUGUUAUUCAUCGCAAGACAGUCUAUAUUAACCUUGGAGCCCUAGAUGGUGAUGGUGUUCACCCUCAGGCUGCUGGAGAGAGACUAUUUUGGUCGGACGACUCGGAAAACCACUCUGAAACGACAAAUGCAAAGCUCAAAGGUUUUGGGAGGCAUAUCGCUCUGUCGCGUCGCUUGGACGAUGAAAAUUGGACUUCGUUGGACAAGGUGUGGCAGCUGCAGAUCUGGGACUGGAAAUAUUCGACAACAUCAAGUAGCAUCCUCAGCGGUGCAGUACCCAACCGAUCCGGCGCCUUAAUUGAUUUUUGUUUCCUCGGCAACAAUCGAUUACUUGUUAUAACCGAUAACUUGAAUCUCUAUUCAAUUGAGAACAUGUCCCAGACGCCGGAAUUGCUGGCGUGUUUCCUGAUGCCCAUCCCAUUGAUGCUACGGUACCUUUCUCCGAUAGAUGAUAUUGGGUAUAACUCACAGCCGCAUAUGCAAGCCCAAGCGACGAUGUGCACCUCGGACCCUACACAUCGACUCAUAUGCCUUACUGCGCUUUCUUCUCGUUCCGGUUUAUUUUUCAGUACUCAAGUCUUCAUCAUUUCCACGAGGAUUUUCUUCGACCUUAACGAAAUGGUAGCAGCAACGCCAAUACCAUGGCAACAUUGGGGUCCUUCAAAUACUCGUAUCUUCCGGCACCCAUUUCAUUUCAAAAUUCACAUUAACGGAAAUCGAGUCUUGCAGGCACUCCCUGUCGGCACGCGCUACUCGCAGCUUAUAUUACAUCUAAUGGACUUUAGCCCUCUAGCUGUGACAAACAGUCGGGGUCUAGGACGAGUGGUGAAAGAGCCGUCCACGACAUACAUUAGUGCCGGUGGAUUUGGAGAGAGCUUGACAACAUCUCUGCCUUACGUCCAGGUCCUAUUUUCGGACAGAAAGUUUGAUCGUGCUGAUUCAGAGUUGGAGGACAUGUGGAUCGACGAGGAGAGGAUUUAUAUGCUUCAUGCAGAUGUGGAAUACGCGACGUUCGAUGGCAAUCCGAAUUUCCUGACAAGCCCUAUUGACAAACUUGAGGUCAUUGACGUCUAGCCUAACUUACAUGUACCUAGACUCGUCCCGUUCUAGUUCCCACCAUACUUGUCCUCCUCCGAACUUCAGUACAUCGUUGAAACAAGUGGACAACAAUUGCUCGCCAUCCCCAACACAGACAAUAGCAUACUACCUCUUUUUAAGCGUCUGACACGCAUGAACUUGUUGACACGUGACGCUUUGUCAUCGAGCAAACUCCAGCCGCCGAAGCCCCUGACCUGCCCGAGGCUUUGGCCCCAGAGUCUACAUAGUAGAACCUAGAGUCGGGACUUUCACUUCCCUGUGAGGUGCGUAGCCACAUUUGCGAAUGCGAAGGUAUUAAGUGAGAAGAGGCCCCGAGAGGAAGGUGAAACGUUGCCUACGCGAGGUAAAUUGCAAUGCACCUGAAGAGGAUCCCACACGCGGUUGAUUUUUUCAUUGAUUGUAUGAUAAGACGAGAAG